CACUUAUUUUAUAAUCGGAAAGGCUUUUUUAGUUUAAAUGUUUUACUGGUUUGUGAUGCUGAUAUGCGGAUUCGGUUUGUUGAUGCUAGCCACCCGGGAGCAACUCAUGAUGCGUUCAUUUGGAGGGUAAGCGAACUAAGGUCAUGGUUGGAACAAAAGUAUUUAAAUGGAGAAAGAAACUCGUGGUUAUUGGGAGACGCUGGAUACCCACUAGAACCGUGGCUUUUAACUCCCCAUAGAAAUCCAGAAGAUGGUACAUCUCAGAGCCGAUUCAACUUGAAGCAUAAGCAGUGCCGCAACAUCAUUGAGAGAGUAAAUGGUGUUCUCAAAAACAGGUGGAGAUGUCUACUCGGUGCAAGGGAGCUUCACUACCAACCUGACAAAGCCGUGCAAAUAACAAAUGUUUGCUGUGCAUUACAUAACAUUUGCAUUCAUUUCAAUGCUGAUUUUAAUCCUAUGGACCUUCCUAGGACGAGUAUUCAUGAGAGUAAUGCUGACACCGAAGAAUUGGAAAACGAAAUGCCACCUGAUAAUUCAGAGUAUAUGACUGUAUCUCAAAAUAUAAGAACGCAAAUUGGAGAGUCAAUUUAA